AUGCUGUCUCUAGCCAAACGAAAAGCAGCCAGCGGGUUCACAGUCAACAAGGCUGUCACAUAUGGCCUGACCGCUGCAGCGCGGCAGAGCCGACUCGAAUCCAGCCGGCCUGUUCAUCGGCAGUUCACGACUCUCCUGGCGGGCUCUCUGAGGAGAACGUACUCGACACCCGCACGGUCAGCAUUCAGCAGACACGUACAGGCUCGUGCGAUCUCGUACUGGUCUAUCCCGAGGUUCGUGGCGAGGGCCUUCAGGGUACCGGUAGCUGGAGCAACUGUUGGCGCUGGUGGGUUUGGGUAUGCUAACUACAAGUUUGAAGAGGUUCGAAAACAGACAGACGCAUGGAUUAACAACGCGAGGGAUACAGCUCACGGCAUAUUCUCAACCGCUUCAGACGGUGUCUCUGCCAUUACGUCCAAGGUUGCAGAACUCAAACUACCAGACCUGCCCUCCGUCGAAGCACCUCAAUUCCUCAAAGACCUAUUUGCGUCGAUGCAAGGCGGCGAAGAAGGAGGGAAAGAAGGGAAUGGGGAAGGUGGUUCCUCAGGAAACAACAACCGUUCUCCCAAGGAGGACGCUGCAGCUGUCGCAGCACUUCUAGCAGCAACCAUGGCUUCCCCACACGAUAGCCGCUCUUCCGACAUUGGGCCCGAUUCUAAUGGUCUCAUGCACCUCACCAAGAAACUCAUUGAAAUCCGGAGCAUGCUGCUGAGCAUCGACCAAUCCGACGCCCUCAAACUCCCCAGCAUAGUAGUCAUUGGAAGUCAAUCUUCUGGGAAGUCUUCCGUGCUGGAAAGCAUAGUCGGCCACGAGUUCCUUCCCAAAGGCACCAACAUGGUCACUCGCCGACCGAUCGAGCUCACCCUUAUCCACACGCCCGCUAAACCAGGCCAAAAGGGUUCAGUCGAAUAUGGCGAGUUCCCUGGCUUGGGAACGGGUCGAAUAACCAACUUCGCCGAUAUCCAGCGGACGCUAACGGAUCUGAACUUGAGCGUCCCAGCCGACCAAGCUGUCUCCAACGAACCCAUCGAACUCCGAAUUUACUCUCCAAACGUCCCCGACUUGACACUGAUCGACUUGCCCGGAUACGUCCAAAUCAGCUCCCUCGACCAACCCGAAACCCUCAAGGAACAGAUUUCGGCCCUUUGCGACAAGUACAUCCGCGAACCUAACAUCAUCCUCGCCGUAUGCGCUGCAGACGUCGAUUUGGCCAACUCUCCUGCCUUGAGGGCAAGUAGGAAGGUUGAUCCAUUGGGCCUGCGGACGAUUGGUGUGAUCACCAAGAUGGAUUUGGUGCCUCCCGAAGAGGGUGCUGCUAUUCUUUCAAAUAACCGAUACCCUCUUCAUCUGGGUUAUGUGGGUGUGGUGUCCAAGGGGCCUGGCAAGGAGUCGAGUCGGGACCGUGAUUCCAGGGAUGUCGUAGCUCGAAGAGCAGAGGCCGAUUUCUUUGGACGACAUCUCGAUGUAUUCAAACCUUCCUCGACGAUGAUGAUUGGUACAGACACCCUCCGACGCCGGCUUAUGGAGGUGCUCGAAUCCUCCAUGGCUUCUUCCCUUCAUGGAAUCACCAACGCUGUCCAACUGGAGCUCGAGGAAGCCACAUACCAGUUCAAAGUCCAGUACAACGACCGCCGCAUCUCACCCGAGUCCUACGUUGCCGAAGCCAUGGACACCCUCAAGCUGCGCUUCCAAAAAGCGACAGAGCAAUUCAAACGACCCAUUAUCCGCGCCAAACUGAAGACCAUGCUUGACGAGAAAGUCAUGGACGUCCUCGAGCAGCUUUACUGGCUCGACAAGCGAUCUCCCGAACUCUCCCAACUCGCCAACGAUCCCAAACUGAAGCCUGAAGAUGUAGAAGCUUACUGGAAACACAAACUCGAGGCCGCUUCGUCAUUAUUGACGAAGUCGGGUGUAGGACGGGACAGCACCAUCCUCGUAGCGGACGGUCUGCGUUCGUUAAUUGAUUCCAUUGCCGGUGGCGAACCUUUCAACUUCCACCCCCGCGCAGCCGAGCGGCUCAUCCAAUUCUCGCACCUCAUCCUCCGCGACCGCAUCAACAUCACCUCUGACCAAGUUGAGAACUGCAUCAAACCCUUCAAGUAUGACGUCGACGUUGAACCUCGGGAAUGGGAAGCGGGCCGUGAGCGCGCGAUCGACUUGUAUGAAAAGGAGCUGGCGAUGUGCGAGAAGCGGCUGAGCGAGAUUAAGCAGAAGGUCGGUGGGGGUAGGAGGCUGGGAGGAUUAAUUUCGUAUGUGAGGAGUUUGGAGGAGAGGCAGAGGGAAAGAGAGAAGGAGAGGGCUGCGAAGCGACUGGAGAGCGGGUUGACCGCUGGAACUGAGGAUACGCAGCAACAGCCAUCGACGAGUGUGAUACCAAAGCCGUUGGAGUUGGACGACUCGCCAGAGUCCUACAAGUAUCCACCAGCACAGGUCAUGGACGCGCGAUAUGCGAUGAUGUACAGCGAACGACUCAACAUUCUCAAACUUCGCCUUGCCGCCCUUCGUUCCAGACGGUGUAAGGCUGGACCCCAGAGUGAGGUGUUCUGCCCUGAAGCCUUCUUGAAUGUCGUUGCCGACAAGCUCGCCUACACUUCUUCAUUAUUCAUCAAUAUCGAACUGCUCGAACACUUCUUCUAUCAAUUCCCUCGGGAGAUCGACGCUCGACUGCUAUACGAUCUCGACCGCAAGGAGAUCGUUGACUUUGCUCGGGAGAACCCCAUCGUUCGAAGACAUCUCGAUUUGCAAGAACGAAAAGAUAAACUAGAAGAGGUCAUGAAGCAACUCAAUAGCCUUUCAACGCUUCGCGCAGACCCUCAGCCGAAACCACGAAGACAACGAGGUCUCUUUGGAAUCUAA